UGGCUGAGCACGGUGUACACAAUUCACCUCAAAUGGGGGUCGUGGCUUUUCCUUAUGGAACUUGUGCCCAUUGGAGCAAUAGCUAUUCAAGGGACGGCAAAAAUGCAUCAUGGAUUUUCCAACAUUUCCUUUAUUCGAAAUACGGUUCACAAAUUGGCUAUUUUAUAUGGACGAAACGUGAACAACCGGGCCAAUAACAGAUCCUUGGUUUUUUGUGCUGGUCUUAUCAAAAUGGUGUUUGAACUUUUCCGUCUUAUAUACUAUGUUGCUGCAGCUGGAUUUUGUUGUUUACCGCUAUACUUCUACUUGAAAGAUGGGAAAUACGUUUUGAUGUUUGCUAUGUUGAUCCCUGGUUGUGACCCUGAAACUCUCCACGGUUUCGUAAUCACCUGUGUUUAUCAUAUCGGUACACUUUAUAUCGGUAUCGUUGGAAUACUAGCUGCCGAUGUUUCCAAUAUGUUGUUCAUACUUAACGUGGUUGAAGUUGCAGAUGUUUUCAAAAACCAGUUAAAAUCCUUAGACGUCAUUCUGGACGGAAUGCACAACGAUGAAGAAAUAGUGCACAGACAAGUUCUUGGAAUAUGUUCAAUGCAUGAGGAAAUUGUACUAUAUUCAGAAGAACUUGAGAGUUCAUACGGAACAGUUAUCCUGUUUCAAAUCGUCACUUCAAUCGUAGAGAUUUCUACAGGUCUGUUCAUAUUCCACAUGACCGGCCAUAUCAAUGCUUUUUUUCUGGUACUCGGUGCAAUUUGGCAGUUGCUUGAAUUUUGCUUGCUCGGUGUUACAUUGACUGUAAAAAAUGAAGAAAUCGUUCGUGCUCUAUACGACCUCAAAUGGUACCACCUGUCAACGAGACAUCAGCGGAUGCUUGGUUUGAUUUUACACAAAGCUCAGAAUGCCGUGGAAAUAUCGAUUGGUGGAUUAGCAUGGCUGAACUUGGAGACAUUCGUAGAGGUUAUGAAAACAAUUUACUCCUAUUACGCCAUGUUGAAAGAAUUUAUAAAGUAAUCAAGUCAAAACACGUCUUGAAGGUCUGUGGAGUAUUCUAUACACAAAAUGAGUUCAAACAACGUUUCUUGAUAUGUCUAAGAUGAUGACA